GAAGCAUGGCUAUGUCCUCCGCCAUGACUGACCGAGUUACAGCUCUUAAAGAGUUCGACGAUACCAAAACCGGAGUCAAAGGACUCGUUGAUUCGGGAAUCACCUCCAUUCCCGUCAUAUUCCACCACCCAAACAUCUCCCUCUCAAUCCCCUCCACCACCUAUCUCUCAAUCCCCACCGUAGAUCUUUCCCUCUCACGCCCCAUCGCCGUCGAUCUCAUCCGCUCGGCAUGCCGAAACUGGGGCUUCUUUCAGCUCAUCAACCACGAUAUCCCUCUCUCCACCAUCGAGAACACAAUCUCCGCCGUCCGAUCCUUCCACGAGCUCCCAGCAACCAUCCGUUCCCAACACUACAGGCGCACGCCCGGUGCCGGCGUCAGCUACUUCUCGAACCUGGACCUGUUCCUUUCGGAGGCAGCGAGCUGGAAAGAUACGUUGAAAAUCACCUUCGGUCCUGUCCCACCGGAAGUGGACCAGAUCCCGGAGGUUUGCAGGUCGGAACUGGUGGCGUGGGACGAGCAGGUGAAGGAGGUGGCGAAGCAAGUGAUGGGGAUGAUGUGUGAAGGGCUCGGGGUGAAACCGGCGAGGCUGGAGGACCUGACGUGCCUGGAAGGGAGAGGGUUAGCGGGACAAUACUAUCCACCAUGCCCGGAGCCUGAUCGGACGUUUGGGUCAGCGGAGCACACGGAUGCCGUGGUUUUGACUGUUCUGAUUCAAGACAAGAUUGGUGGGCUUCAGGUGAAGAGCCUCAGGGAUGAGUCUUGGAUUGAUGUGAAACCCAUUCCUGGGGCUCUUGUUGUCAACGUUGGUGAUUUCCUUCAGAUUAUUUCCAAUGAUGAAUUCAAAAGCGUGCAACAUCGGGUGAUAGCUAACUCUACCAAUGAACCAAGAGUAUCAGUUGCAGUUUUUUUUAAUCCUGGAAGUAAAGAAGACAUGAAUCUAUAUGGCCCCUUAUAUGAGCUGAUAUCAAAUGAAAAACCGGCUUGCUAUCGUAAUUUUAACAUGUCAGAACUUGUCAAUAUUUUUCUAGCCAAAGCAGUAGGGUGUAAAUCCAUUACUGAACAUUUUAAGCACAAAUGAAGU